AUGCCAAAAAACAAGAAGCUUGAAGAUUCAGACUCAGACUCAGGACCAGAAGAUAGAAAUCCACCGGCCAAGAAGUCAAAGAGUGGAAAUGACGUUAAAGGUGGAAAUGAUUCAAAAGGAGGAAGCGACUCUACAAAAACUGAUGAUCAGGGAAAUUCAUACUGGGAACUAGACAGAAACCGUCGUGUAAGCUUGAGUUCAUUUAAAGGCAAGCAGUAUCUGAAUAUUCGUGAAUAUUAUAUGGAUAAAGGAACAGGUCAAUACCGUCCUGGAAAAUCUGGCAUCACUCUUACUAAGAAGGAAUGGCAGCAGCUCUUAGAUCUUGUUCCAGAAAUUAAGUUUGAAAAUUAA